AUGCCUCAUAUCGACGUGUUUCUUGAUUCAGGGGACAAGGAGCUUUGGCGGCCCUCUUCCCCUGAGGCAACUCAAAUCUAUGAUUUCAUGACAAAAGUGAACAAAAAAUAUGGUCUCUCUUUAAAUGGCUAUAAUGCUCUUUGGAAAUGGAGUGUAUGCGAGCCAGCCCAAUUUUGGAAAGAAGUUUGGCUUUACACAAAAAUCAAGAGCCACGAGCCAUACCAAAAGGUGCUUGAGUCAAAAGACGUGCUAUUCCCCAGACCUUCGUUCUUUGAAGGCAGCACUUUGAACUUCGCGGAAAAUCUUCUCUAUCCCGCCACUGCGCCAGAUGAAGACUCUAUAGCAGUGAUUGGCGCCACCGAAGCAGCCCGCGAGUACGUCUCGUGGAAAGACCUGCGAGAGCGGGUCAGACGGUGCGCAAACGCCUUGAAAGAAGCGAAUAUUAAGUCUGGCGAUCGUGUUGCGGGUUUUGUGGGAAAUCAUGCUAACACUGUUGUGGCCAUGUUGGCUACAACCUCCAUCGGUGCCUUUUGGACCGGCGUGUCUCCAGAUACUGGUGUACAUGCAGUCCUGGAGCGACUGAAGCAGAUACAACCCAAGAUCCUGUUCGCAGACAAUGGUUCCCUCUACAAUGGCAAGGUGCAUAGCUCACAUGUGAAGUUAUGGGAGAUCGUUACCGAAUUGCCAGAUCUCGAGCUUUUAGUGUUGCUUGUGACUGUUCCAGAACCACUGGACCUAGAGCACCUGAAACCUGUCAAUGGAAAAGCCAUCGUUUAUGAUGAAUUUUUGUCAGAUGUCAACGAUCCACUGGCCCCAUUGGAAUUCGCAAGCCUGGCACCAGAACAUCCCGUUUAUAUUCUGUACUCGUCUGGCACAACAGGCGCCCCCAAACCUAUUGUCCAUGGGUCUCUGGGAACUCUUUUGCAGCACAAGAAGGAACAUCUCCUUCACUGUGACAUUCGACCGGGUGAUCGCCUGUUCUACUUCACAACGACAACGUGGAUGAUGUGGCACUGGCUAGUUUCUGGUUUGGCCAGUGGCGCAACAAUUGUUCUGUAUGACGGCUCUCCCUUCCGUCCCUUCGACGUGGAAGAUGGAAAAGGAGAGAUGGCCAUGCCACGGUUGAUCGAGGAGCUUCAAAUUACUCAUUUUGGCACAUCAGCCAAAUACCUCUCAUUGCUAGAACAAGUCGCACUGAAUCCGCGGAAACAUGCCAUACGCCCAGUGUCUUUGAAAUCAUUAAGAGCAAUCUUUAGUACUGGGUCCCCACUGGCACCUUCGACAUUUGAGUACAUCUAUGCCUCCAUUCACCAUGAUAUCAUGCUCGGUUCAAUCACUGGCGGAACCGAUAUUCUAUCUCUGUUCGCCUCUGGCUGCCCAAUUCUCCCUGUUUACAAAGGCGAAAUUCAAUGCCGCUCUUUGGGCAUGGAUAUCUCAGUGUUUGACUAUGCUGGCAAGGACAUCAGUGCAACAGGCGAGCCUGGUGAUCUCGUUUGCGUCACACCAUUCCCAGCCCAACCGGUCAUGUUUUGGCCACCUGGACCAGCGGGCCUAGAGAAGUACCGGAAGAGCUACUUCGAUGUGUUUGGCCCCUCGGUCUGGCACCACGGGGACUACGUGCGCUUGAACCCACAGACAGGGGGAUUGGUCAUGCUGGGUCGCAGUGACGGCGUGCUAAAGCCAUCGGGAGUACGAUUUGGUAGUUCCGAAAUUUAUAAUAUUCUCCUCAAGCAUUUCGCCAGUGAGAUCGAAGACUCUCUUUGCAUUGGUCGGAGACGUGAGGGCAUCGAUACAGAUGAAACGGUCGUCCUCUUUGUCCGACUUACCUCUGGAGAGUCUAGUAUGCCAUCGGAUCUUGUGACGCGCAUUCAAUCCACUAUCCGCAAGGAGCUUAGUCCCCGCCAUGUACCGGGAAUUAUUGAUGCGUGCCCGGAGAUCCCCGUGACCUCGAAUGGCAAGAAGGUCGAGAAUGCUGUCAAGCAGAUUUUAUGCGGGCUUAAUAUCAAGAUCGGAGCCAGUGUUGCCAAUGCUUCAUGUCUUGAUUGGUACCGGAACUGGGCUUCGGAGAACCCCUAG